AUGCUGAGCUAUAGCGUGGACGCGCUCUUCGGGGCCAGCCCGCUCCGCAAGGAGAGCGCCCGGAGCGGCUCCCGCUCGCUGGCCUCCAGCGGCUUCCACUCGCAGUCCUGGUCCCGCGGCUCCACCGCCGCCUCCCCGCUCCGGCGCGGCGCGGGCGGCUACAGCCAGCUGGGCUCGUCGGCCGAGAGCCUGGAGUCGCUGAACGGCGAGCUCCGCGGCCGCUCCGAGAAGGAGGUGCUGCAGGCGCUCAACGAGCGCUUCGCCGGCUACAUCGACAAGGUGCGGCAGCUGGAGGGGCGCAACCGGCAGCUGGAGGGCGAGGCGGCGGCGCUGCGGCAGCAGCAGGCCGGGCGCUCGGCGCUGGGCGAACUCUACGAGCGGGAGAUCGGCGAGAUGCGGGGCGCCGUGGUGCGGCUGGGCAGCGAGAAGGGGCAGCUGCAGCUGGAGCUGGAGCGGCUGGAGGAGGAUAUCCAGCACCUCCGGCAGCGGCUGGACGACGAAGCCCGGCAGCGGGAGGAGGCCGAGGCGGCCGCCCGCGCCCUGGGCCGCUACACGGAGGAGUCGAGCCUGGCCAAGGGCGAGCUGGAGAAGAAGGCGCAGGCGCUGCAGGACGAGGCGCUCUUCCUCCGCCGCAUCCACGAGGAGGAGGUGAGCGACCUGCUGCUGCAGAUCCAGGGCAGCCAGGCCUCGCUCGAGUUCCGCGACACCGCCAAGCCCGACGUCACCUCGGCCCUCAAGGAGAUCCGAGCCCAGCUGGAGGGGCACGCGGUGCAGAACACGCUGCAGUCCGAGGAGUGGUUCCGAGUGAGGCUGGACAAGUUGUCAGAAGCUGCCAAGGUGAACACGGAUGCAAUCCGCUCUGCUCAGGAGGAGAUUUCAGAAUACCGCCGGCAGCUCCAGUCCAAGGUCACCGAAUUUGAAGCCCUCAAGGGGACCAAGGAAUCCUUAGAGAGGCAGAGAGCGGACAUAGAAGACCGUCAUCAUGCUAAUGCCUUGUCCUAUCAGGAAACCAUCCAGCAGCUGGACAACGAGCUGAGGAACACCAAGUGGGAGAUGGCAGCCCAGCUCCGCGAGUACCAGGACCUGCUGAAUGUCAAGAUGGCCCUGGAUAUAGAAAUUGCUGCUUACAGAAAGCUGUUGGAAGGAGAGGAAUGCCGCAUCGGGUUUGGACUUGGACCUUUCCCCUUCCCUGAGACACCCCCUAAACCUCCCAGCAUUUCCACCCACAUGAAGGUGAAACGUGAGGAGAAAGUCAAAGUGGUGGAGAAGUCUGAUAAGGAAACCGUGAUUGUGGAGAAGCAGACAGAAGAAAUCCAGGUGACUGAAGAGGUAACGGAGGAAGAGGAGGCUGAGAAGAAAGAGGAAGCUGGAGAGGAGGGUGAGGAAGAAGCUGAGGCAAAGGAGGAAGAGAAGGAAGAACCUGAGGAAGAAGUGGAAGGUGAAGAAGAAAAGCCCAAGUCCCCAGAAAAGGAGGAGGCAAAGUCUCCAAAGAAGGCCAGGUCCCCAAUGAAGGAGGAAGCCAAAUCCCCAGAAGCCAAAUCUCCAGAGAAGCCUGCAUCCCCCACCAAAGAGGAAGCCAAGUCCCCAGAAGCCAAGUCUCCAGAGAAGGUCAAGCCUCCUGUGAAGGGUGAGGCCAAGCCUCCAGAGAAAGAAGCAACUCCCAAAAAGGAAUUGGUCAAAUCACCCCAAAAAGAAACCAAGGUGCCUGUAAAAGAAGAGAUGCCGAAAGAGAAAGAGGAGAAAGCCCCAGCCAAACCAAAAGUGGAGGAGAAGGAAGACAGCAAGAAAGAGGAGGGGCCGAAAAAGGAAAUCCCAGCCAAGGAGACUCACAAACCUGAGCCUAAGGUAGAAGAGAAGAAAGAGGAGGAGAAGCCCAAAGAAGAUGACAAGAAAAAAGCUGCCAAGCCUGAGCCCCCUGCCCCCGAGGAGAAGAAAAAGGAAGCUGUAAAGGCUGAAGAGAAAGAGGUGAAGGAGAAGGAGCCUGCCAAACCAGCACCAAAACCCAAAGAAGAGAAGAUGGAGGAGAAAGCUGCUAAGCAGAAGCCUGAGCCUAAACCUCAGGAAAAGGAAGCCAAGGCCAAGGAGCCCAGCAAACCAGCAGAGAAGGAGCCUGAGAAAUCGAAGGCUGAAGAAAAGAAGGAAGAACCUAAAAAGGAGAAGGCUGAGCCCAAAACGGACCAAGAGGAGAAACCCAAAGCUGAAGCUAAACCCAAAGAAGAGUCAAAGGCUGCCAAGACAGAACCCAGCAAAGACACCAAGGAGAUCCCCAAGGCAGAGGCACCCAAAGACAUACCAAAGGCUACCAAGCCCAAGGCAGAGAAAGUGGAGAAGUCCUCCAGCACAGACCCAAAAGAAGGCAAACCCACAGAGAAAGCUGCUGCUGCCGACGACAAAGGCGAGAAGAGCGAGAAGUGA